UCUUGGGCGCCGCUCAAAAGGCGAUAGCUGACGGCUGUGCCGCAGCAGUAGAUCUUGACCGUUUUGUCGCCGCUAUUGGCAGCUGACACGGCUAUAGCUCUUGUCAAGCCAGUUGUUCCCAGCUGCAUAUAUAAGCGAGCACUUUCUCUGGAGCAGCACAACAUCCAGCUGGUGCACCAGAUCAGCUCAGACUCAAAUCUUGCCGCCAUGAAGACUUUUGGCAUCUUGGCUACCCUUGCGGUUCUGGUUACACUCGCAAGCUCAGCUUUCAUCGGAGGCUACGGCCCCGGCUAUAGUGGAAAUGGCCCGACCUACGGAUUGGGUCACAUUGGCUAUGGCCUCGGUUAUGGCCUCGGCUAUGGCCUCGGCUAUGGACUGGGAUAUAGCAGCUACGGUCUCGGCUAUGGUGGUUAUGGUCCUGGCUACGCCUACGGGCUGGGAUACGGUUAUGGAUUCAAGUAAUAGAAGAAAGAAAAUAAAUAAGGUGGAGGAACAUGGGUGUCCUCGUCUGUUCUGCAACCCUCAGCGAUAAAUUGUGAACCUGAUUUUGAACCUAAUUGUGAACCUACGAUGAUUUUGUAUAGUGCACCUAAGAAUAAGCA